AAAAAUUCAAAAGUUCUCUCUCUCUCUCUCUCUCUGCUAUAUUCUUGGCAUUUACUCUUCCUCACACACCAGCCUCCAUUUCAGUUCUCACGUUAACUUCUUACAAAACACAACAAACAAACCUCACACAACCCUUCUUCUUCUUCUUCUCUCUCCUUUAUCUCAGUAACAAAAUAUUGAUUUUUUUCACAUACACAAGCACUGACAGAGACAGUUUUUUAGAGAGAGAGAGAAAGUAAAGCUCCGAUUCAAACUACGAUCGGAGGUAUAUUAUAGUCAAAAGGGUCAUCCCAGAACUUCAAAUCGGAGUUGGGAUCGGAGAGAUGAACGGAGUUGGGAGACAAGGGCAGAGAUCUGGUGCGGCAGGGGUACACCAUCAGCGUCAGUACUCAGAUAACUUUCUUGAAAGCUCCUCCAAUGGCCGCUGGCUCCAAUCCACUGGUCUUCAACACCUCUACUCUUCUUCUUCUUCCUCCACCAACCCUUCUCUCCCUCCUCUUCAGCAGGACUAUGGAUUCUAUGGUGGCGGUGGUGGAGGUGGGCAAGGGUCUAGGAUGUAUAGGAAUGCGCAGAGGGGAUUCAAUGGUGGGAAUGAGUUUUUGUUGGAGCCUUCUACGCCGCCUGGGCCGGGUAAUUCUCGGUCCAGGAAGAACAAUGGCGGCGGCGGCGGCGGUGGUGGCGGCGAAGAUUCGCCUGGUGGCGACUUCAGUCCUGGACUCUUGGAUCUGCAUUCUUUCGAUACCGAGCUUCUGCCUGAGAUGCCAGUCUCUGGUCUGUAUGAUGGUGCUUCUCUGUAUCGUCCUGUUCGUGGCAGAAGCUUUGAUGAUUCGGAGCCCUACAUUAACAACAAACAAACCGGCAGAACUCGUGGCUUGCCGGAAAACAACCUCUUGAAAAGUUUUGCUGCAGAUAAAGAGAAAUCGAGUUCUGUAGCAAAGAUAAAAGUCGUGGUACGCAAGAGACCACUUAAUAAGAAGGAAUUAGCAAAGAAUGAGGAAGAUAUUAUAGAUACACAUUCUAAUUCUGUUACAGUUCAUGAGACCAAACUUAAGGUUGACCUCACAGAAUAUGUAGAGAAGCAUGAAUUUUUUUUUGAUGCAGUUCUGAAUGAAGAGGUCUCAAAUGAUGAGGUGUAUCGUGAGACUGUUGAGCCCAUAGUUCCCAUCAUUUUUCAACGCACAAAAGCAACUUGCUUUGCAUAUGGGCAAACAGGGAGUGGAAAAACUUAUACAAUGAAGCCAUUGCCCCUUAAGGCAUCACGUGAUAUCUUGAGGUUGAUGCACCAUACUUAUAGGAAUCAAGGGUUUCAGUUGUUUGUCAGCUUCUUUGAAAUUUAUGGAGGAAAACUUUUUGAUCUCCUCAAUGAUCGGAAAAAACUUUGCAUGAGAGAGGAUGGGAAGCAGCAAGUUUGCAUAGUCGGUUUGCAAGAGUACAAAGUAUCAGAUGUGGAAACCAUUAAGGAACUCAUUGAGAAAGGAAGUGCCACAAGAAGUACUGGAACAACGGGUGCAAAUGAAGAAUCCUCCCGUUCACAUGCCAUACUUCAGCUUGCUAUCAAGAGGUCUGUUGAUGGCAAUGAAUCAAAGCCACCUCGUGGUGUUGGAAAGCUCUCCUUUAUAGAUCUUGCUGGAAGUGAACGUGGUGCAGACACUACAGAUAAUGAUAAACAGACAAGAAUGGAAGGUGCUGAGAUCAAUAAGAGCUUACUUGCAUUAAAGGAAUGCAUUAGAGCUCUUGACAAUGACCAGGGUCAUAUUCCUUUCAGAGGCAGCAAAUUAACCGAAGUUUUGAGGGAUUCAUUUGUUGGUGACUCACGCACUGUUAUGAUAUCAUGCAUAUCUCCCAGCUCGGGAUCAUGUGAACAUACUCUGAACACAUUAAGAUAUGCUGACAGAGUGAAGAGCCUUUCGAAAGGAAACAAUCCUAAAAAGGAUAUAUUAUCAUCAACCUUCAACCUUAAGGAAUCAACAACUGUACCAUUGUCUUCAGUGCCUGCAUCCAACUUUGAGGAUGACAUAAUUGAUUCAUGGCCUGAACAAACUGAAAGAGAUGAUUUUGAUGCAACUGAGGAGUCAUAUGAGCAAGGGAAACCUUUAUGGAAGAAGAAUGGGAAGCUAGAGCCAUUCAAUCUCUCUACUUCCGAAGACAAAAUAAGGAAACCCAAUGGUCAGACUAAAUGGGGGGACCUGCCAAAAGUUGAACCCAAGAAGUCCCAUUCAGAUGAUGAUCUGAGUGCCCUCUUACAGGAGGAGGAAGAUCUUGUAAAUGCUCAUCGGAAACAAGUGGAGGAUACUAUGAAUAUUGUUAAAGAGGAGAUGAACCUACUGGUUGAGGCUGACCAACCUGGGAAUCAACUGGAUGAUUAUGUUUCUAGAUUGAAUACCAUUCUAUCUCAGAAGGCUGCAGGAAUCAUGCAACUACAAAAUCGUUUGGCUCAUUUCCAGAGGCGUUUGAAGGAGCAUAAUGUUUUAGUAUCUGCUUCUGGUUACUGAUUUCAUUUGGAAGGGCAAAUGCUAGUAAAAUUCUACUGGGUAAUGCUUUAAGAAUAUAAUUGCAAGGUUAGUGGCUUGGUGAUGGGUUAUGCAUUUUUCAAAUUCAAUUGGAGCAUGAUUUGAUAUGGCAUCCCAAGUGGCAGUGCUGGAUUUUUCAAUAGCCAAUCUGUAUCGUUUGUAAUCUUUACUGGGUUUGAGGGGUUGGAGAUUUCCUUUGCGCAAGGUCCAGUUUCUCUUUCACAGUAUAUCAUUGCUAUAAUUUUUUUCCCCAUAAGCAAUUUAUAGACAAAGUAUUGGAUUCAUGUGCCAACCGGGCAUGCCUACUGUAAAGCUUGAAAGCAUUGUAAUUUGAUUAAUUGAUUGAAUAUUCCUGUUGGAUUCAUUUACCGCUUGUUUUCUAGUGGUCGAUUCUAUAAGACAAACACUCCUUUAUGCCCCU